CUUAUGGUGCCGUACGCCAUCUGCUUCGUUUGUCUUCCGUGAAAUCCGACCUACUAAAAAAAAAUGCUGACCAAGAGGAUCCGAACAGAGUACAUGAAGAAAUUCAAGGACCCCAAAUGGGAGACCUACACCAAGUGCUAUGAGGAAAUGCUGAGGUACAGACUGACCCGCAGGCUGCUGGAACACACCCAUAACCCCUGGAUCUGGACCGGAUCUGAUAGUGAUUCAGAUUCUGGAGGGGGUUCACCGCUGCCGAAUAUGAACCAAGUCAUCUCUGGGACCACAAAAGAUGGAACAGAGGCAGAGUAUGAAGAAUGUGCAGGCGAGAGGACAGACCAGCAGCAGAGGCUUUCUGUAUCCAAAACUGCAGGGCUUAUCCCAAAGAUGGCCCUUACAGAUGACAGAGAGUAUUUGUCUCCUCAGAUUUCAACAGUCACUGGUGCCCAUAAAGAGGGUGCUGGUGUAACAAAAGCGCCAGAGGAAGAAAAAGAAAAGGAGCUAGGAGGGGAGCAGAAAGCCACCAGUAGAGGGAGUAAACAGCCAAAACUUCCUCAAAAGGAGAGACACCAAGAGAGGGAUCCCAGAACGCUCCAUCAACAACAGACUAAACCCUCCAAAUCUUCCAAACCCAGUCGGCGUAUACCACGCACCAGGCCUGCACCACUACAGAAGCCCAGGGAGGACAAAAAGGAGAAUAGGCAUCCUUUUGCUUUGUAUGGUUGGGGGGACAGGCAUGCAGAGGUUGCCAGCAAAAAGACACACAACGUUGGCCCUGCAGCUUCUACUAAUGAGAUCCAUGAGUCAGCACUGCGAGCUAAGACCAGGAGAGAGGUGGAACACCAGAUCCAGACGGAGAGAGCUGAACGCCGAAGAGCCAAAUCUGCUCAUGUGGAUAAGAACAGAACCAGGCGGACGCAACCGGAUUUCAACCCCUGGCUCACUGAGUACAUGCGCUGCUUUUCCGUUCGCUCCCGAUAGGACACAUGCAUAGAUACACACACGGAUGAACAGAUAGAAAGCGUGUCUGUGAACAUACAUGAUUGCACAAUAAUGCGCACACUCUCA